ACACGAUUAAAUGCCCACGUUCGAUCGUCAGCUUUUUAAAUACCAGCUCAGCCAAUGAGCGCGAUUCCCGCAAAAAGGUUUCCCGCGCAUGCAACAAGUCGCUGCCAUCUGCAAGAAUCACAAUGUCGAGUCCACUGGGAGAUGAAGGGUCUGAGAGGUCCGGAUCGCCGUCCAGGCGACGUCGACGCUCACUGGGGUCAGAGGCGGUCACGUCUCCGGUGCGGGAGCUCGAGGAAUUCAACGAUGAGAGUGAACUUAUCGGCAACGAUGACAUUCCAAGCCAGGAACCUCAGGAGGUGGAGGAGGAUGGCGAGGAACUCUUUGGGGAUAACAUGGAGGCGGACUACCGUCCAAUGCCCGCCCUUGAUCGAUAUGACGCGAAUUUACUCGAUGAAGAGGAUUAUGAUGCCAUGUCCCCUGGCACAAGAGCUGCAGUGGAGCAGGAGCUGCGUCGGAGGGACAGAGAACUUGGAGGUCGCAGGGGCCUGGAAUAUGAUGAAAGUGAUGAAGAUGGCGAUGGCGUUGCUCCUAGAAGAAAAAGACGUCAGGCUGAAAAGGCAGCUGAGGGAGAUGUUGAUGAUGCAGAGAUGAUCGAGUCCAUUGAGAAUCUAGAGGACACUAAAGGCUACUCAACUAAGGAAUGGGUGUCUAUGUUGGGCCCAAGCACCGAAAUCUCAAACAGAUUUAAGAAUUUCUUAAGAAACUUUGUCAAUGACCAGGGCCAGUUUGUCUUCCGAGAGAGGAUGAGGAAGAUGUGUGAAAGCAAUAUGUCCAGUUUUGUGGUGGAAUUCCCCGUGCUUGUGGGGAAAGAACAAAUUCUUGCGUAUUUCCUGCCUGAGGCGCCGCUAGAGAUGCUGCAGAUCUUUGAUAAAGUAGCCAAGGAACUGGUGCUCAACAUGUUUCCCCAAUACGAAAGGGUCGCCUCUGAAAUCCACGUUAGAAUCUCUGAUCUACCUCUUGUGGAGGAAAUUAGAACCUUCAGAAAGCUGCAUCUGAACCAAUUGGUACGCACCAAGGGUAUUGUCACAGCCACGACAGGAGUGUUGCCUCAGUUGUCUGCGGUGAAGUUUGACUGUAAUAAGUGCGGCUAUGUGCUCGGGCCCUUCAUUCAAAGACAGAACAAUGAAGUUAAGCCUGGCAGCUGUCCUGAGUGUCAGUCAACAGGUCCCUUCAUGGUCAACAUGGAACAAACUCUGUACCGUAAUUACCAAAAAGUGGUGAUCCAAGAAAGCCCGUCACGAAUUCCUCCUGGUCGUGUGCCCCGUUCCAAAGAUUGUAUUCUGCUUGGUGACCUGUGCGACCGUUGCAAGCCUGGCGAUGAAGUAGAUGUGACGGCCAUUUAUUCAAAUCAGUAUGAUGGCUCGCUCAACACCAAGCAAGGCUUCCCUGUCUUCUCAACUGUGCUCAUUGCCAACUAUGUUGCUGUGCAGGACUCUAAAGAGAUCGUGCAAGCGCUCACUGAUGACGACAUUACGCAAAUUCGCAAACUGAGCAAGGACAAGAGGAUUUUGGACAGGAUCGGCAAGUCUCUGGCGCCAUCCAUCUAUGGACACCAGUUCAUCAAAAGAGCCCUUACGCUUUCUCUCUUUGGCGGAGAAGCUAAAAAUCCAGGAGAUAAGCACAAAGUGCGAGGAGACAUUAAUGUGCUCAUGUGUGGCGAUCCUGGUACUGCCAAGUCACAGCUCUUGAAGAGUCUUGAACACGGGUGUCCCAGGGCUGUUUUCACCACAGGACAGGGCGCUUCAGCUGUCGGUCUUACAGCUUACGUUCGCCGCUCGCCCAUGACCAAGGAGUGGACCCUAGAAGCUGGUGCAUUGGUCCUGGCGGAUUCAGGCAUCUGCCUUAUUGACGAGUUUGACAAGAUGAAUGACCAAGACAGAACAUCAAUUCACGAAGCUAUGGAGCAGCAGAGCAUUUCCAUCUCCAAGGCCGGCAUUGUCACGUCCUUGCAGGCCAGGUGCGCAGUCAUCGCGGCGGCCAACCCGAUUGGAGGCCGCUACGACCCAACCCUCACCUUCACUGAAAAUGUCAACCUGAGUGAGCCGAUUUUGUCUCGAUUUGACAUCUUGUGUGUCGUAAAGGAUGAAGUUGAUCCUGUGCGCGACACCCAUUUGGCAAAGUUUGUGGUCAACUCACAUAUCGCUAACCACCCAGCCAGUGUAGAUAAAGAGCCGCGUCUUCUACCUCAUGAGGUGGAUGCUGAGGAAGAACUGGAAGUGAUCCCUCUCUCCCUGCUAAAGAAAUAUGUGGUUUUUGCAAAGCAAAGCGUGCGCCCGAAGCUGCUGGGCAUGGACCAGGACCGCGUGGCAAAGAUGUACAGUAAGCUGCGUCAGGAGUCUCUGUCCACUGGCAGUCUGCCCAUCACGGUGCGUCAUGUGGAGAGUCUGAUCAGGCUUGCGGAGGCCAACGCGCGCCUGCACCUGAGGGAGCAGGUGCAGGAGUCAGACGUUGACUUGGCCAUCUCCAUCACUCUGGAGAGCUUCAUCAGCACGCAGAAGUUCAGCGUGAUGCGCUCCAUGAGGCAGACCUUCCAGAAGUUCCUUGGCUUCCAGCAGGAGCGCUCUGAGCUGCUCUUCUAUAUUUUGCGUCAGAUGACCUUGGACCAACUCACCUUCCAAAGGUGUGUCAGGGGACAACAGGCGGAUUCAGUCGAGAUUGCGGAAAAGGACUUUGAAGCUAGGGCUUACAUGGCGACUUCUGAUGAAAGACAGGCCUUUUACAAAAGCAAGAUUUUCCUGACAAACAACUUCGCAUAUGAUGCUGAUAGAAAGGUCAUUGUUCAGCAAUUAUUUGAAGAUUAGAAUAGAUCAUCUUUUUUGUUUUGGCUUUAAUUUCAAAAUAAUAAAUUAUGGUGUACUUAUAAAAGGGUAAUAUUAUCGCAAGAAACCGCCUUUGAAGCCGAUGUAG